AUCACCCGGUCUCUAUUUCUCUCCUACUCAUUUUCCCCCGCCCUGCAAUUUGUCCAUCCAAUUUUCCAAUUAUGUUGCGGGUUUACGGAGGAGGGGUCUUCACUGUCCGUCAUGGAGGCCAGUUCACCGGUGGUGCUUCCGGACCGGCGGUCUGUGAGGGUUUUGCGGAGUUGGAGUCUCUGCCGCUCUCCUUUCGCCGCAUGUUUCCGGAUUCUUUACGGAAAACAUCGCUUCGCGGCGACGAGUAGUGAGGGUUUAUCGAGGGACAUAACAAGCACCGGAAGCCGUCGCUGUGAGCCUUGAUUUUUCCUUUGUCUAUUCUUCCGCUUCGCCUUCCUCGUUGGUGCGUCCGUCCGUCAUUGAUCGGCGCUCCGGUGCAAAUGACAGCCGUAUUUUGUGUUGGUUGGCGUUCGGAUGAAGAAGCUUUCAUGCACGUGUACUCACAUUGGAACCUCUUAUAUAACAAAAAAGCCAGAACCGCUAUGUGCAUUUCUCUUUCUCUCUCCCCCUUCCCUCCCUUUUCUUCUUUGUCCAACAUAUCACAAACUCCGAAGAGAAGCCUCUGCCUCAACCAACAGAGGGAACGUGAGAAUAUAAAAAAUAAAGCAGAAAAACCCAAUCGGAAAGUUUCUUCAGAUCAGCACCAAAUCUUCUGUUUCUGUUGGUAGUUUCUUCUUGUGCGCAGACAAAAACUGAAGUAAGCUUGCUGAAAGUUGGUUUUCGUUGUUUCCUUUCAUAUGCUUUGAUUCCAUCAUUCUUUUUUGCUAGCUAUAAUGAGCUAUAAUAAUCACAUUGUUUUCACAGUGCCAAAGCUCAGUGAUUCUGAAGGAAUUGUGAUAGAAUCAUAAAUAAAAAGAAAUUAGGAGGCUUUGUGUAGAUUUGCAAUGUAUGAUAUGAACAAUUGUUGAGAAUUAUUGUACAGGUACAGAUCGAAAUGAUCUUGGGCCUCACUGUUAUUUUUUCUAAUUAGCAAAAGUUAUGAUGUUUUCAUGUGACUCUAAUGCAUACAAGGUAUAUUUUUAAUGCACAGAUCGUUUAAUUAUCAUUUUUGGACACUCAAGUUAUGAUGGUUCAAUGUCUAUUUUUCCUUCAUUUCCUUUUGUGUGUUAGCAUGUAUGCCAAAAUUAUGAAUUAUAUGAUUGACUCAGUGUUUUAUUCAAAAUUAUCUGAUCUUUGGGUGUUGAUUUCUUGGUUAAUUAUCUAGGAAUUGGAAAUCUCUAGUUUUCUAUGCACAUAUCAUUGUCAAUUUUGAAGCGGUGCGAUACAGACAAGUUAAGCUUGUGUGAUUGUCUCUGGAGGAGAGAGGUACAAACACGGAAGUUAUGCAUAUGUCAUAAUCUUUUAUGAAGCGGCGCGUUACUGACAGGGCAUUUACUUCGGUAUCAAUACGGCCGUUUUGGAUUUUCAAGCGGUUCGAUGGAUACAAUUUAGUCAACUUGAGAUUAAUGCAGUUGUUGGAAGCCUUCGCUGUAUGCUAAAUAGGUACAUUUGAAGGAAUAGGCUUCUGUGGUAAUAUUGUGUUUGUCUGUAUUACUUCUGCAGCAAUGGAUCCAUCUGCGCAAGCUGAACCCUCAACAAAGGCAGGCAAUGAGUUGAGUGCCGAGGAUAUUGAGAUUCUUAAACUCGAAAGGCGACUGUGGAGAGACAAGUUGCUCUUGAUGCAUCUUAAAGGGCAGUCUUGCAAUACUGGGGAUGACCGUCACACAAAACAGCUCAAGUCCGAGGAGCAAUCAAAAAAGAAGAAAUUAGCAAGAGUGCACGAUGGCAUCCUGAGGUAUAUGUUGAAAAUGAUGGAGGUUUGUGAUGCCCAGGGUUUUGUGUUUGGCUUCAUACCCGAGAAUGGGAAGCCAAUAACUGGUGCCUCUGACAACCUCCGGGCUUGGUGGAAAGAUCAAGUCCGUUUUGAACGCAAUGGCCCUGCUGCCAUUGCAAAGUAUGAUGCAGCUCGCUCUGCACCAGGGAGAGUCGACAGUUCGAUCAUAGAAAACUUCCCCCUUCUCACUCUUCAAGUGCUGCAGGACAAUACACUCGGCUCUUUGUUGUCCGCUCUGAUACAGCAUUGCAAACCGCCCCAGAGGUUGCGCCCGUUGGACAAGGGGGCCCCUCCGACAUGGUGGCCUACUGGAGAUGAGGAAUGGUGGCCUCAACUCGGUAUGCUUAAGAACCACGGACCUCCGCCGUAUAAGAAACCGCAUGAUUUGAAGAAAGUGUGGAAGGUUACUCUCCUCAUUGCUGUGAUCAAACACAUGUCCCCCGACUUUGAGAAGAUCCACCGGCUGGUUCGGCAGUCAAAAUGCCUGCAGGAUAAGAUGUCAGCCAAGGAAAUUGAAACUUGGGUUGCUAUUAUGAAGCGGGAGGAGGCUUUGGUUGGGAGACUAGAUCCCGAUAGCUUUCCGCUGUCCUCACCAUCUGCUGAUGAAGAUUUCUUUUAUCUGUCUGGUAAUUCUCGGGACUAUGAUGUUGAGCCAGCAAAGUUGGCGGCUCUGAACUCGAUGCCUUUCAAUCUGAGGAUGGCCGAGCAAAAGUUUGAGCAUUCCCUGGCACCUGUAGCUCCAAUAGCAGGAGGACUCGUCGAAGAUGUAAAUUCUUUUCUCAAAAGGAAUCAGAUACAAAUGGAGGAGCCACCUAGUCGGAUUUACACCUGUGAGUUUCCCCAGUGCCCCCGCAGCAAUGAUUUUCUGGGGUUUAAUGACCGGAACUGCAGAAACAGGCACCAAAGGGAUUGCAUUUAUCGCCCGACCACUUCCAGAAGAGUUGAUGUGCCUGUGCCUGUGCCCGUGUCCUCCUGUCCUUCGAUAAACAGUGAGAAGCAACCUAUACUUGAUGUGCCAAUUGCAGAAACCAAUCUACUUGAUCUUCCCAUGAACAGCAACAUUCCAAUGACUGCUUGCGAUUCUGGAGUCGACCCUUUGGAUGUCGACCCAAGCCUUAUUCCUGAGCUGGUUGCAGCGUAUAAUGACUUUGUGCCUGAAGGACAGGACCAGGUUGAACACGCGACAAUGGUUCAGCAAGAUGGAAACCUCAUCCAAGAGAGCGCUGUGGCUGCACAAAUGCUUCAGGAAGUUCAACCUCCUACAAUGCCCGCAGGCGCUUCCCAAUUCGAGCAUUGUCUGAGCGACUCUGUUGACACCCUCACAGGGUUGAUGUACAGUGAGCUGGCACCUGAGCUUUUGCUAUUUGAUCCAUCCUUGGAACCGCCACCGGCGUCGGGGUGGCUCCUCUGAACUUGUAAGCAUAUCUAUCUACCUAUCUAUCGCAUAUGUGAUUUCAUUCAAAGUGCAAGAGGCCUGUGAUUGUUGCAUCCUAUGGAUUGCUUGCUAAAUCCAUGCCUUUUUGCGCCAUGGGGAUUGAAUUUAUAGUUUGUGUUGUGCGUGUAUAUUAUGUAUGCUUAGUUGUGAAUAUAUAUGUAUAUAUAUAUAUAUAUAAUUUUGAUUAGAUAA